GCUCGCCCACACCGCGCUGAGGAAGUGGCCGCGGCUGCGAGCGAAAACGAGGAAGCGGCGAAUCCGGCGGCGCUGAGGGAGGGUCCGGCGCCGCUCCGGCCGCAGCCCGGCACGGCUCGGCACAGCAGAGCCGCCCGCCCGAGGGCUGCCCCCGGAAGGAGGCGGCGGCGGGAGCCGAGUGACCCCGAGCAGCAGCGAUACAGUAUUCUAGGUUUGCUACUUGGAAAAGAAAAAACCAUGGCUUCCAACACAUCAAACCCUGCUAACCAUUUGCCUUACUUCUUUGGUAAUAUCACACGUGAAGAUGCUGAGGAGUACCUAAUGCAGGGAGGAGCAAGUGACGGACUAUACCUGCUCCGCCAGAGCCGGAAUUACCUGGGCGGCUUCACCCUCUCCUUGGCCCACGGAAGGAAGGUUCACCACUAUACAAUUGAGAGGGAGCUGAGUGGCUCCUAUGCUAUUGCGGGAGGCAAGUCGCAUGCCAGUCCUGCUGAACUCAUUAAUUAUCACUCAGGGGAAGCGGAUGGCCUUAUCUGUCUGCUGAGAAAACCUUUCAACCGGCCACCAGGCGUUGAACCCAAAACAGGACCCUUUGAAGAUUUGAAAGAGAACCUCAUCAGAGAAUAUGUCAAGCAGACUUGGAAUUUGCAGGGGCAUGCUCUUGAACAAGCUAUCAUUAGUCAGAAGCCUCAGCUGGAAAAGCUGAUUGCCACUACAGCCCACGAGAAGAUGCCGUGGUUCCACGGGAGGAUCUCUCGGGAGGAGUCAGAGCACCGUAUCCUCAUUGGGUCCAAAAACAAUGGAAAAUUUCUUAUCCGAGAAAGGGACAGCAAUGGUUCCUAUGCCCUGUGCCUGCUGAAUGAUGGAAAAGUACUGCACUAUCGUAUUGACAGAGACAAGACAGGAAAGCUCUCCAUACCAGAUGGAAAAAGAUUUGACACCCUUUGGCAGUUAGUUGAGCAUUAUUCAUACAAACCAGAUGGAUUAUUAAGGGUUCUUACCAUUCCUUGUCCACAACAUGGCUCAGAAAAUGAUAAUCUUGGUUUUAAUACUCAUCAUUCUUCUGUAACGCUUCCGAAGAGUUGGUCAGGAGGUGGAAUUAUCUCAAGACUCAAAUCGUACACCUUCCCAAAGGCUGGCAGCAAAAAGCUUCAAUCAGCUAUCGGCCACCCACCAGAAGAAGCACCUUUUAAUCCAUAUGUGUUGCAAAGGAACAGAGGUCUUGCAGGAGCAGAAAAAGGUGAUCAGAGAGAGGCCUUACCCAUGGAUACUGAGGUCUAUGAAAGUCCAUAUGCUGAUCCAGAUGAAAUUAAACCAAAAAAUGUCACUCUUGACAGGAAAUUGUUGACUUUGGAGGAAGGUGAACUUGGCUCUGGCAACUUUGGUACUGUAAAGAAAGGAUUCUAUAAGAUGAAAAAGGGUGCCAAACCUGUGGCUGUAAAAAUUCUGAAGAAUGAGAGUAAUGAUCCAGCUAUAAAGGAUGAGUUACUGAGAGAAGCAAAUGUAAUGCAGCAACUGGAUAACCCAUACAUUGUCCGAAUGAUAGGUAUAUGUGAAGCUGAGGCCUGGAUGUUAGUAAUGGAAAUGGCUGAACUUGGGCCAUUGAACAAAUUUUUGCAAAAAAAUAGACAUGUCACAGAGAAGAAUAUAACAGAGCUGGUGCAUCAGGUUUCCAUGGGGAUGAAAUAUCUGGAGGAGAAUAAUUUUGUUCAUAGGGAUUUGGCUGCAAGAAAUGUGCUGUUAGUCACACAACAUUAUGCCAAAAUUAGUGACUUUGGACUUUCUAAAGCUCUUAGUGCUGAUGAAAAUUAUUACAAGGCACAAAGUCAUGGAAAAUGGCCAGUCAAAUGGUAUGCUCCAGAAUGCAUGAAUUUCUACAAAUUUUCUAGCAAAAGUGAUGUCUGGAGCUUUGGGGUUUUAAUGUGGGAAGCUUUCUCUUAUGGACAAAAACCAUAUAAGGGAAUGAAAGGUGGUGAAGUUGCACAGAUGAUUGAAAGGGGAGAACGAAUGGAACGACCUGAAGUCUGCCCAACAGAAGUCUACAGUCUAAUGAAAUUGUGUUGGACAUACAACGUUGACGACCGGCCAGGAUUUGCUGCAGUCGAGAUGAGAUUACGUAACUACUACUACGACAUUUCCCACUAACAGUGUGGAGAACAGCAGCUUCCUCGUCUCCAGCCAGCACCCUCUGAGAAGCAGCUCAUUUUCCAAAACCAAGCAACCUCAAUUUUUGUACUUCCAUUUUCAACUUGCAAAGCUCAGAGCUGAGCCUUGCAUCUGUAAGGUUGUUUUUUCUUACCUUCUGCACAAAAUCCAGCCCCGAAAGAGUUUUGGAAGUGUAACAGUCUCAAAGUGCACAGCAAGGAUAAAAUGCUUGUAUUUCUGCUACAUUCCAUUUCAUUUUAUUUACAGCUUUAUUUGCAUUAUAUUUUGCAGUCCUGUAAACUCUAUUUAAUGACUCUGAGCCCUCUUUCUCUCCUAUAUUGGAAUGCAGAUUGGAAUUUAAAUUCUCAUCAACAUUCUUAACCUUUACAUGUAUUUAGUUGUUCCAGCUUUCCCUUUCCUCAAGGAAGAAUAGCAUAAACAUUUCCCACUAUGAAGCAAAUUCACUGUA